AUGGACCGAGGAACUAUGGCCCGAAGCAACAACUACUUCGCAGUUCUCGGCCAAGCGGCCCUCCCUGUGGAUGGCUUCAAUGUAUCCGACGCAGGCUCGUCUUCAAGCCACGGUACAUCGCCUGAGCUUGAAGGAUCUGAUCGAGUGUCAGGUGAAGAGGAGGAGGAGGCGUCAGAUGAGGACUCUGACGAUGAAUCGGAUACACAAUCAUACGAGGGAUCAGAUGAAGGAUCAGACGGAGACUCAGUCCAGGGAUCGGGCUUCUGGCUCCUGAGAGAUGGACAGACCAUCGAAGAAUUCAACCUCGGAUUCGAGCGUGAGCAGCAGAGACGUGUGCGUGAGCUGGAGCAACUUCAAGCGGCUCCGGACUACAUGAGAGGUUCCGUGGACUACUGCAGGGUGCAGAUUGAAAUUCUUGAUGUGGAAGCCGACAACAUCUUCCUCUUCAAGUACAUUACACUCGAAGGCAUCGACAGAGUCGGCUUAUUCAUCCGAGAAGACUACAUCCACGUCAUGGACAUCUUACACCGGCAGAUGGACCUGCUACAACACGCCAUCGACCACGGCAAUGGCGCACUGAUUGAGUUUCCCCCGGAAACUCCCAUCUUCUCUACGACCGCGAAUGUCGCUCCCGCGUCUCAGACCUGGCAAAAUCGAAUUACCAUGCUGCAGACUUAUCGCCAGCGCCUCGCCCACGAUGGAUCUCUUCCGCUGGCACGUCCUAGCGCGACUCUCAUCCUAAAUGCAGAAGAGCGUGUGCACAUGGAUCAGAUCCUGCAGCGCACUAUCGCCACUACAGAAUGGUGGUUCACGCACGAUGAGAGCAAUGCUCAGACUCCAGAACUAGCACAAUGGGAUCGAGACGAUGCCGCGAUAACAGACUCGCCAUGGCGACAUCAUCCACCGGUGGGCGGUGAUUAUUGGCAGGGGAUACUGGAGAACAUCUUCGCCAAUGGUCCCGGUGUGCCGAGAGCGCGCCGCAUACCGCACCUUCCAGCUUCGGUUGCGCAAGAGACGAUUCAGCUGGAAGAGGCGGAUCUGGUCGAAGAUGACGAUGCAUGCGGUAUUUGUCAGGAAGAAUACAAGGUCGGCGAAGAGCGCUCGACUCUCCCUUGCGGUCAUCGAUUUCACGGUUCAUGUAUCACACCAUGGUUGGAUACGUAUUCGACGAAUGGUCGGUCGCUACAGGAUGGAAGACAAGCAUUUCGGGGCACUGGCGCUGAUGUCAGGGUUGUCGGUGGAGCGUCAGUCCUCCACCCAUCCUCCAUCCAAGUCGUCUCCACCUCCCCCUUUCCCUGUUCCCAUGCAUUUCUCGCACACCUCCAGGGGUUCGACGAUUUCUCUAGGCCGGGACUCAUUCCGGAAAGAUCCAAAGGAGCAGGAUCAUCUGCGUUCUGCUAUUAUAAGAGUCCUCGAUGA